GUCAAAAUUCCAGUGGGUUGGGUUACUUUACUGGUCAAUCAAAUAAUUUGCUAGUUUAUUAAGGAGUUGUUAAUGAAUUUCGUAAAGUAAUAAUAUUUACUUAUCCAAUUAAUUAAUGUAAAUUGAUUCUUAAACGCUAAAAAAUGAGUAAGAAGUGCGCAAGGUGCGACAAGACAGUAUAUCCUACUGAAGAACUUAAAUGCUUGGACAAGGUUUGGCAUAAGCUAUGUUUCAAAUGCAAAGAUUGUGGAAUGGCACUCAAUAUGAGGAACUACAAGGGUUUCAACAAGGAACCCUAUUGCGAAGCUCAUAUUCCAAAAGCCAAGGCAACGACCAUGGCUGAAACCCCAGAGCUGAAACGAAUCGCUGAAAAUACCAAACUGCAAUCGAACGUUAAGUACCAUGCAGAUUUUGAAAAAAGUAAAGGUAAAUUUACGCAAGUAGCAGACGAUCCGGAAAUGUUGAGAAUUAAACAAAAUACGAAAAUAAUUAGCAAUGUAGCAUAUCAUGGAGAUCUUCUUAGGAAAGCUGAAAUGGAACAAAAGAGGCAGAUAAACGAAAAUUCAAACGGGUUUAAAGAUCCAGAUCUCAAAAAUGCCAAUCAGCCUCAACCGCAACCAAUGUAUAAUGCCUCAUCUUCUCAUUCCCAACCGCCAGCUCCUGUACAAACUCCAGUUGCUAAAAGUAUGGGAAAAAUAGAUGAUUACGACCCACAGGCAACAGCAGCACAGGGACAGUAUCAAAGCCCGUAUUCGUCUAGAAAUUCCCAAACUCUUAUUUACUCCUCAGAUGUUGGAACCGUCAAUAAUCCUCCUCAGCGGCAUAUAGGUUCUGUACAUGAUAUGGAUCCCGUAAAUCAUAACUACGGCUCUUUGGGUCGAGUUUAUCGAGCCAUGUACGACUAUGAAGCACAGGAUAUAGACGAAGUGAGUUUCCAAGAUGGGGAUCUUAUAGUAAACGUACAGAGUAUAGACGGUGGUUGGAUGACAGGUGAGGUGCAACGUACAGGGCAAGUAGGAAUGUUGCCCGCUAAUUAUGUACAAAUGGUAAAGAUUUGAAGUGAAUUUUUAGAUAUUUUAUAACUUUUUGACCCUUUUACAAUAAUGACUCCUAAUUUAUGCAUCAAAUAGGCAUUGGUUUUGUGCUGCAACUAUAGGAAAAAAUUAUAUGAUAUAUUUAUCAUGAAAAAAAAAAAUAGUUGUUAAACUACUACUAAAGUAAGUACUACUUGUAAUUGAUAUCAAAUUAAAUACUAAAUAAAAGACAUGUUUUGCUUUGCCAUGAUGACAAUAGUUAAUAGCUGGGCUAUUAAAAAAAUGUGCCAAACCAUGUAGAUUAUUUUAUAAUAGUACAGAUUAUCGAUGAUUACCAAAUAAAUGAUUUUUCCUUAAAUUUCAAGAAUAUUUAAAAUAUUGUACCGUAUAUUUCAGGGAUGGGAUCAAAUCUGGCUCCGUCUAUCGUGCAUGAUUUGACAAGAAGUAAAGAUAUAUUCUCAUUUUUGAUGGUAGUAGCUAAAAUUUGAAAAUUACUGUUAAAACAUUUAACAGAAAAUAUACUCUUUAUUAUUUAUAUUACAUUUAGCAUACUAGAAGAGCAAAAAUGCGCCAAAUUAAUAAAAACUAUUGGACGUAACCUGUUUUGGCUUUUUUAAUCAAAAUAACUAUGGACUAAGCUUAAUUUAAUCCCAAACUGUUUCUUUAGGCUGUCUCGAAAUAAAAAUGUUGUCAUCAAAACAUCAAUUUCUAAAAAUUGUGGACGUAGCUAUUUUUGAUGCUAUACCUCUGAUUUACUAAACUUACAAUAACAGUAACUAUUUAUCAUAAGUAAUAAUUCUUACUGGAUGUCUUCAUAUCACGGUAAUAUGUAUCUAUGUUUAAAUCAACUUUUAAAUUGGGCUUCCAUAUACAAUAUGUUUGAUUUUACAAGGCUGUAUACACAAAAUAUACAUAUAUUUAGACUAUUUGAUGCAUAAAAUUGGAAGAGGCAAAACUCACCGAAACAUCUGCCUAAAAUAUCGCUAUGUUCCUUGGUAGUGAUUUUUUCAACUUUGACAAACUUAAUCAACUAACGUUGACUAAGUUUAUGUAUGUACGUGCUAUUAUAUUUGCAAUUACCAAACUUGUUUUAGUAUAUUUUAUUCACGAUUUACCAUCUAACUCGCAUAGCAUUAGAGACUGCCUCGUUUACUAAACAUUUUUAAGUUUGAAAGUCCACUAUCAACUUACAAUCGUUUGCUAUUGUUAAUAAGUAAUUUAUCUUUCAAUAAGACUUCUCGAGUUACCUCAAACAAAAGCUUUUAUUAAAUUCGGUCUGCAAAAGAAAUAUUUAUUAUGCCACACUGACCUACACAGAUAUAAGUUUAAACUGGCGCAGUCGAUCAAAGAAGAUAUAUUUAUUUUUAUGUUUAUUUAUUUUUAAAUACAGCAUAUGGUAUACUGUCUCGACAUAACCCUUUUAUUUGAUAUGUUAUAGACAAUUUCAGUGAAUAUUCCGAGUCAAUUUUAUACACUGUCGGAAUUCGAAGAACUGAACAUUUGCAUCGGCAACUUUUUACAUAUACACGUACUUUUGUUUGUUGAUGUUGGAUUUUUGAAAUCAUUUAUAUAUUUUAUCAAAACAUUGUAUAAAUUAGUUGUGUAAAAUAGCAAUAAAUAUAUUUGAGUAACUUAUAAAAUCCACGUUACGGAAUUAAAUAAAACGUAAAUGUCAUUCCAUAUUAGCCAUUGUACUUGCCAUUUUGUUGGUUAUGUGAAAAACAAAAAUUAUCCGUGGGUCAGUUUUAUUUAAAAAGAUAUCUAAAGUUUGUUUCAAAUAAGAGACUACCCUUAGA